CUCUUAAUACCUUGGAAGGCCAUCUGGGCUUGUGCCCAGGCCAUUGUCGAAGUGGGAAGCUGUAAUCCACCCUGCCAACAGCUUAAUUAAGAAAAAAGGGCUCUUCACUGCGUGCUUUCCCCUCAAGUCUGUUUUUCAGGAUGGACAGUAAGGAGUGUAAUUUGGUUUUUCUUUUAAAAUAAUCUUCCCACCAUUCACAACCUCUGUUCUAUUUUCCCACCUCCUUUCAAAAAGGACUUGAGAUUGGACAGGUCAUAAGGACGUGCACGAUGAGACAGUUAAAGGUUUUGAAAGAGGAAACCACAUACCCGGAAACCACAUGCACAGAAGUGGGAAACUGCAGCUGUGAAUGCAUUUGCUGCAGAGCUCUUGGGACCAAGGCAGAAGACGGAGAUGAGGGAUUGCACAGUGUUUGCAGCACCCUGCCACGGGGGGUUCCUUCCAGCCGAGGCGAGGUCCCUGGCAUCACUUGGUGGCCUUGAAAGACCUCUGCCUUUUCUCGAGGCUGUGGCUCUGACUGGCAGCACAGUCGUGGCCUCCGUGGCCUCUUUUUGGAGGAUGAACUUGGACUGCUGCCCCAUCACCCUGUGCUUCCUGUAAGGAUGCCUCCAUCAUUGACCUCGGGAGAAGUUUCCCUCAGACCUUAGUAUCUGAAAGAGUUUCUACACUUAACCCUGAACAGUAGGACACAGUCUCGUGACUUCUCAUGGCUGCCUGCUGAAUAGUUUGUAGCUGAAUUGGGGCCCACCACUAGCAAAUCCAUAGGUCACAUGACGGCAGAACGUGGUCCAAGACAAUUCCUGGGAAAGUUCAGUUCUUCUCAAGUGAGGGUUCUGACACGUCUAUACCAAUUCCAGUAGUGCCACUACGGGGUGUGGACGACUCCUACCCGCCCCAGAAGAAGUCCUUCAUGAUGCUCAAGUACAUGCACGACCACUACUUGGACAAGUAUGAAUGGUUUAUGAGAGCAGAUGAUGACGUGUACAUCAAAGGAGACCGUCUGGAGAACUUCCUGAGGAGUUUGAAUAGCAGCGAGCCCCUCUUUCUUGGGCAGACAGGCCUGGGCACCACGGAAGAAAUGGGAAAACUGGCCCUCGAGCCUGGUGAGAACUUCUGCAUGGGGGGGCCUGGCGUGAUCAUGAGCCGGGAGGUGCUUCGGAGAAUGGUGCCGCACAUUGGCGAGUGUCUCCGGGAGAUGUACACCACCCAUGAGGACGUGGAGGUGGGAAGAUGUGUCCGGAGGUUUGCAGGGGUGCAGUGUGUCUGGUCUUAUGAGAUGCAGCAGCUUUUUUAUGAGAAUUAUGAACAGAACAAAAAGGGGUACAUUAGAGAUCUCCAUAACAGUAAAAUUCACCAAGCUAUCACAUUACACCCCAACAAAAACCCACCCUACCAGUACAGGCUCCACAGCUACAUGCUGAGCCGCAAAAUAGCCGAGCUCCGCCAUCGCACAAUACAGCUGCACCGCGAAAUUGUCCUAAUGAGCAAAUACAGCAACACAGAGAUUCAUAAAGAGGACCUCCAGCUGGGAAUCCCUCCUUCCUUCAUGAGGUUUCAGCCCCGCCAGCGAGAGGAGAUUCUGGAAUGGGAGUUUCUGACUGGAAAAUACUUGUAUUCGGCAGUUGACGGCCAGCCCCCUCGAAGAGGCAUGGACUCCGCUCAGAGGGAAGCCUUGGACGACAUUGUCAUGCAGGUCAUGGAGAUGAUCAAUGCCAACGCCAAGACCAGAGGGCGCAUCAUUGACUUCAAGGAGAUCCAGUACGGCUACCGCCGGGUGAACCCCAUGUACGGGGCUGAGUACAUCCUGGACCUGCUGCUUCUGUACAAAAAGCACAAAGGGAAGAAAAUGACGGUCCCUGUGAGGAGGCACGCGUAUUUACAGCAGACUUUCAGCAAGAUCCAGUUUGUGGAGCACGAGGAGCUGGAUGCACAGGAGUUGGCCAAGAGAAUCAAUCAGGAAUCGGGAUCCUUGUCCUUUCUCUCAAACUCCCUGAAGAAGCUUGUCCCCUUUCAGCUCCCUGGGUCCAAGAGUGAGCACAAAGAACCCAAAGAUAAAAAGAUAAACAUACUGAUUCCUCUGUCUGGGCGUUUUGACAUGUUUGUGAGAUUUAUGGGAAACUUUGAGAAGACGUGUCUUAUCCCUAAUCAGAACGUCAAGCUGGUGGUUCUGCUUUUCAAUUCUGACUCCAACCCUGACAAGGCCAAACAAGUUGAACUGAUGAGAGAUUACCGCAUUAAGUACCCUAAAGCCGACAUGCAGAUUUUGCCUGUGUCUGGGGAGUUUUCAAGAGCUCUGGCCCUGGAAGUAGGAUCUUCCCAGUUUAACAAUGAAUCUUUGCUCUUCUUCUGCGACGUCGACCUCGUGUUUACUACAGAAUUCCUUCAGCGAUGUCGAGCAAAUACAGUUCUGGGCCAACAAAUCUAUUUUCCAAUCAUCUUCAGCCAGUAUGACCCAAAGAUCGUUUAUAGUGGGAAAGUUCCCAGUGACAACCAUUUUGCCUUUACUCAGAAAACUGGCUUCUGGAGAAACUAUGGGUUUGGCAUCACGUGUAUUUAUAAGGGAGAUCUUGUCCGAGUGGGCGGCUUUGAUGUUUCCAUCCAAGGCUGGGGGCUGGAGGAUGUGGACCUUUUCAACAAGGUUGUCCAGGCAGGUUUGAAGACGUUUAGGAGCCAAGAAGUAGGAGUAGUCCACGUCCACCAUCCUGUCUUUUGUGAUCCCAAUCUCGACCCCAAACAGUACAAAAUGUGCUUGGGGUCCAAAGCAUCGACCUAUGGGUCCACGCAGCAGCUGGCUGAGAUGUGGCUAGAAAAAAAUGAUCCAAGUUACAGUAAAAGCAGCAAUAAUAAUGGCUCAGUGAGGACGGCCUAAUGUCCAGCUUUGCUGGAAAAGACAUUUUUAAUUAUCUAAUUUAUUUUUCAAAAAUCUUUUGUAUGAUCAGUUUUUGAAGUCCGUAUACAAGGAUAUAUUUUACAAGUGGUUUUCUUACAUAGGACUCCUUUAAGAUUGAGCUUUUGAACAAGAAUGUGAUCAAUGUUUGCCUUUGAACACAUCUUCUUGCUGAACAUUAUGUAGCAGACCUGCUUAACUUUGACUUGAAAUGUACCUGAUGAACAAAACUUUUUUAAAAAAAUGUUUUCUUUUGAGACCCUUUGCUCCAGUCCUAUGGCAGAAAACGUGAACAUUCCUGCAAAGUAUUAUUGUAACAAAACACUGUAACUCUGGUAAAUGUUCUGUUGUGAUUGUUAACAUUCCACAGAUUCUACCUUUUGUGUGUGUGUUUUUUUUUUUUCACAAUUGUUUUAAAGCCAUUUCAUGUUCCAGUUGUAAGAUAAGGAAAUGUGAUAAUAGCUGUUUCAUCGUCGUCUUCCGGAGAGCUUUCCAGAGUUGAUCAUUUCCCCUCAGUGGUACUCUGCUCAGCAUGGCCACGUAGGUUUUUUGUUUGUUUUGUUUUGUUUUGUUUUUUGUUUUUUUGAGACGGAGUCUCGCUCUGUCACCCAGGCUGGAGUGCAGUGGCGCAGUCUUGGCUCACUUUAACCUGUACUUCCCUGCUUCAAGCAAUUCCCCUGCCUUUGCCUCCUGAGUAGCUGGGAUUACAGGCACACACCACCACGCCCGGCUAAUUUUUUUGUAUUUUUAGUAGAGACGGGGUUUCACCGUGUUGUCCAUACUGGUCAUGAACUCCUGACCUCAGGCAGUCCGCCCACCUGGGCCUCCCAAAGUGCUAGGGGUGGGCCACCAAGCCCAGCUGGCCACGUAGAUUUUAACACGAGGGGCGUGAAGAAAGCACAGUGAGAUAUGUGGCCGUUCUCGUGGUAGUUCAUUUGGCCUAAAUAGACCUGGCAUUAAAUUUCAAGAAGGAUUUGGCAUUUUCUCUUCUUGACCCUUCUCUUUAAAGGGUAAAAUAUUAAUGUUUAGAAUGACAAAGAUGAAUUAUUACAAUAAAUCUGAUGUACACAAACUGAAACACACACAACCCCCCCAAUCAAAACAUUGGGGAAAAAUGUAUUUGGUUUUGUUCCUUUCAUCCUGUCUGUGUUGUGUGGGUGGAGAUGGUUUUCAUUCUUUCAUUACUGUUUUGUUUUAUCCUUUGUAUCUGAAAUACCUUUAAUUUAUUUAAUAUCUGUUGUUCAGAGCUCUGCCAUUUCUUGAGUACCUGUUAGUUAGUAUUAUUUAUGUGUAUCAGGAGUGUGUUUAGUCUGUUUUAUUUGCAGUAAACCUAUCUCCAAAGAUUUCCUUUUGGAAACGCUUUUUCCCCUCCUUAAUUUUUAUAUUCCUUACUGUUUUACUAAAUAUUAAGUGUUCUUUGACAAUUUUGGUGCUCAUGUGUUUUGGGGACGAAAGUGAAAUGAAUCUGUUAUUAUACCAGAAAGUUAGUUUUUUAAAUUCUCAGAUCAAAUGUGCCUUAAUAAAAUUUUUUUUCAUGUAGAUUUCAAACGGUGAUAGACUUGCCAUUUUAAUACACAUCAUUGGAGAUCUGCGUAUUUGUAAAUAGCCUGAUGCUCAUUUGGAAAAAUAAACCAGUGAACAAUAUUUUUCUAUUGUACUUUUCAGAACCAUUUUGUCUCAUUAUUUCUGUUUUAGCUGAAGAAUUGUAUUACAUUUGGAGAGUAAAAAACUUAAAUACAAUUCAUAAA